CGCUAUUCAAAACUACUCUCCCUAACUUUCUCUUUCCUUUUCUUCAUAAAACACCCAAAUGGGUUCUCUCACCAAUCCAAAUCGCCACACUAAAUUCUCAGAUUUUGGCCGCAAACUCGUAUCGUCCCUCGCUGUAUCUGAAAACCCAUCAAUCUUUCAUGACAUACAUGACCCAAAACUCUCUCCUUCGAACCCUGUUCUUUUCUUCAAUCACUGGGUCAAUUCAAGAAAGUGCUCUGUCAGAGACACCAAAGUCUUACAUACCCACUUCCACAAGACUAAUAUCUUUCAUUCCGAUGUGUUUGUGGCAAAUUCUUUGGUCGAUUGUUACUGUAAAUCUGCUCACAUGGUUUAUGCACAUAGAUUGUUCGAUCAAAUUCCUCACCCAAAUACAGUUUCUUGGAAUAUCAUGAUUUCAGGUUUCAAUCAGAAUUCAAUGUUUGAGUAUUCGUGGAGAUUGUUUUGCAGGAUGUGUUCGUUUGGUUUUGAACCCAAUGAGUUCACUUAUGGGAGUGUUAUUUCGGCUUGUAAUGCUUUGCAAUCUCCUUUUUGUGGAAAACAAAUUUACUCACUUGCGGUGAAAAAUGGGUUCUUUUCUAAUGGUUAUGUACGGGCUGGAAUGAUAGAUUUGUUUGCAAAAUACUGUAGCUUGGAGGAUGCUUUUAAGGUGUUUUACGAUGUUUUGUGUGAGAAUGUGGUUUGUUGGAAUGCUAUAAUUUCUGGGGCUGUUAAGAAUAAGGAGAACCAGAUUGCUUUGGAUCUUUUUUGCCAAAUGUGUCGUGGGUUUUUAAUGCCAAAUAGUUUUACAUUUUCUAGUAUUUUAACUGCUUGUGCUACACUUGAAGAGUUUGAGCUGGGUAAACGGGUUCAAGGGUGGGUGAUUAAGCGUGGUGCGGGAAGAGAUGUUUUUGUGGGGACUGCUAUUGUUGAUUUGUAUGCUAAAUGUGGAGAUAUGCACGAGGCUGUAAAGGAAUUUUUGCGGAUGCCAGUCCGCAGUGUAGUUUCUUGGACUGCUAUGAUUUCUGGUUUUGUUCAGAAGGGUGAUUCUAUUUCUGCCCUCCAAUUCUUCAAAGAAAUGAGAAAAAUGAGGCAGGAGAUAAAUAACUACACGGUUACUAGUGUGCUUACUGCUUGUGCUGACCCAACUAUGGUUAAAGAGGCAAUCCAGAUCCAUUGCUGGAUUUUUAAAACUGGGUUUUACUCAGAUUCAGCCGUAAAGGCUUCAUUGAUGCGUGUGUACUCAAAGAUCGGAGAGAUUGAUUUAUCUGAGAUGGUGUUUAAAGGGACGGAAGAUUUAAAGCACUUAAACGUAUGGGCUGUUAUGAUAUCUGCUUUUGCUCAGCAUGAGAAUUCUGGAAAGGCAAUUGAUAUGUUCCAUAGAAUGUUUCAAGAGGGUCUCAGACCAAAUAAGUUUUGUAGCUCUAGUGUCUUAAGUAUUGUAAAUUCUUUAUAUUUGGGGAGACAAAUCCACUGCUACACUGUUAAAGCUGGGUUGGUCUUUGAUGUUUCUGUUGGGAGUUCACUUUUCACAAUGUACUCCAAGUGUGGCAGUUUGGUGGAAUCUUAUGAAGUUUUUCAGCAAAUUGUGAAGAAAGAUAAUGUUUCAUGGGCCUCAAUGAUUGCCGGUUUCGCAGAGCAUGGUCAUGCAGAUCAAUCCUUGCAGUUGUUUCAAGAGAUGCUGUUUGAGGAAAUUGUGCCUGAUGAAACGACUUUGACAGCUGUUUUGACUGCAUGUUCUGCUAUUCCUUCUCUGAAAACUGGUAAGCUAGUGCAUGGAUAUGCUCUUCGUGGAGGAGUUGGAAAGCAAAUACUUGUUUGCGGUGCACUAGUGAAUAUGUACUCGAAAUGUGGUGUUCUAGAUAUGGCAAGGAGGGUGUUUGACACGAUGCCUAUAAAGGAUCAAGUCUCGUGCUCUUCCUUGGUUUCUGGGUAUGCCCAAAAUGAGCGCAUUGAAGAGGCAUUACUACUAUUCCGUGAAAUGCAGAUGGCUGACUUUGAAGUUGACUCCUUCACAUUAUCAUCUGUUCUUGGGGCUGUCUCUCUUUUAAAUAGACUAGGCAUUGGUACCCAAUUGCAUGCCCACAUCAUGAAAAUGGGCUUAGAAUCAGAAGUCUCUGUCGGUAGUUCACUCAUUAUGAUGUAUUCAAAAUGUGGAAGCAUUGAUGAUUGCCAAAAAGCAUUCGGACAGAUUAAGAUACCUGAUCUGAUCAGUUGGACAGCAAUGAUUGUGAGCUAUGCUCAACAUGGAAAAGGUGCACAGGCAUUAAGAGUCUAUGAAUUGAUGAGGGAAUCGGGAAUCAAACCCGAUUCAGUGACUUUUAUUGGUGUUCUAUCUGCUUGUAGCCAUAAUGGUUUGGUUGAAGAAGGCUAUUUUCAUCUAAAUUCAAUGGUCAAAGACUAUGGAAUUGAGCCUGGUUACCGACAUUAUGCGUGUGUGGUUGAUCUUCUUGGUCGGGCUGGAAGAUUGAAGGAGGCUGAAAGUUUUAUUAACAACAUGCCCAUCAAACCUGAUGCUUUGGUUUGGGGAACGCUGCUCGCUGCUUGCAAAAUGCAUGGGGAUAUUGAGCUUGGAAGGCUAGUAGCUGAAAAGGUUUUUGAAUUGGAGCCGUGUGAUGCCGGAGCUUAUGUUUCCUUGUCAAACAUCUGGGCCGAUGUGGGUCAGUGGGAAGAAGUCCUGAAGAUCAGAUACGCGAUGAAAGGAACUGGGGUGAAUAAGGAUCCAGGAUGGAGUUCUGUAUGAUUGUGAUCGUAUGGUAGCACACAGAUUACUUAGUAUGGGCGAGACACACCAUAACUUUUUCAUUUUUCUGAUUGUGAAAUUCAAAUAGUAGCAGACAUGUUUGCUUAAGACAUGACUGUUAAUUAACAGAUUAUUAACUGUUAAACCUGAAAAGUUGUGAUUUUUCAAAAGUACCCCUAUGAAAUCUAUAAAUAACAAGUUUGUCUAGCAAAUUUUAUGAUCUCUCAU